CUUUUAUAGUUAGUGCUUAGUUUUAUGUUAGUCAUGAUGGGUGUUUUUAAAGUGGCCUUAUUUUAUACUUUUCUGGUUUUUUUUCUUGGUGGCAAUCACAGUAGUGAAGGAUGCAAUAAUGAUUUAACUAGCGCAUCUGCUGCUGUACGACUAUCAAAUGAUUUGUUUUGCGCCUAUGAUAGAAACAUAAGGCCUGUGAUAAAUCAAUCAUCUCAAAUAACUGUUGAAACCAAAUUUUUCAUUUUCAAUGUUCAUAUGAAUGAAAAAUGGGACAUUUUACAAAUGAGUAUUCAAUUACUUAUGGAAUGGAAAGAUGAAUUUUUAGUUUGGGAUCCUUCAAAGUAUGACAAUAUUGAAAGGAUGUAUGAAGAAUCAUCUCAUGUUUGGAUACCUGACAUUAUGUCAUAUGAUAUUGGAUUCAAUGGUGAUGAUAAUAGAGAAUUCUCUUAUUUUUUACCAACAAGUAUGGUGAAAAUAUCUAAUAAAGGUUGGGUUAAAUAUAAUCACCGUAUAACUCUAAAUGCUCAAUGCACAACCAAUAUAGCUAAAUGGCCGUUUGAUUCCCACAACUGCACUUUUCUUAUAGGAUCUCCUGUGUAUACCACUUCAAAUGUUAACUAUACUUUUCCAAGCGGAUAUUCUGCUAAUAUGUUUUAUUAUAAUCCUGAUAGAGAAUGGGAACUAAGUAAGAUAAAUCAAGAGUGUAUGAAUAUUGUAUAUACCAGUUCAAAUUCAUCUGUGCACUGCAUUUUAGAAUAUGAUAUAAAUGUAACUCGAUUUUCAACCAUGUACUAUUCAUCCAUUGUAAUCCCGGCAGUUGUGAUAUCAUUGAUGAAAAUAUUAACAUUUUUAAUGGGUCGUGAAACCAAACUUCGAUUUAUUUUAUUAAGCUUAAUUUUCAUUUCCGAAUUGCUAUACAUACAAUUCUUGGACACGAAAUUACCAAAUAAUGGCAAAAAAGCAGUAUACAUAGUUCUAUUGUACCGCAACUCUUUAAUUCUAACAUCAAUAGCACUUGUUAUAACUGUUAUUAGUAAUGCAUUGUAUAAACAUGGUACCGAUGAUUUUCCUCGUAAUGGUCCCGAAUGGCUCAAGUCUGUAUCAACAUUUCUUUUAAGCAAAAAACCAAUUGCUAUGCUAACUAAUUUUAAUACUCGGGGAGCAGAACUUUUAAUAGAAAAAAAUAUGGAAGAAGAAACGCCUAAUACUCAGAGAGAUGAAAAUGCUUUAUUUUGGAAAACACUGUCUACCUUAUUAGAUCGUCUAUCGUUUGUGAUUUCUCUAAUAAUUUCAUUGAUAAAUUUAUGGUUUUUAAUACCCUAAUUAAAUUUACUUUUAAAUUUAAAAAAAAAAUGAUAACUUUAUUUAA